AUGGCUCCGAAAUCCAAGUCGAAGAAAAUGGAUCCCUACGAGACCGACCCAGCCAAGAUACCGCCCACCGACGACUACGCCCACGUUCUCUUCCACACGCCCGAUGUUGUCCUCCGGUACUGGGAGAGCGUUGUCUACGAAAAGUGUACGUACGCCAACGUCAUGUACGAAAGCGAGGAAUAUCGCGACAUCUUUGCCGUGGGCAGCGUCAUCAUCAAGUCGAACCAUAUGACCCACGUACCUUACCACCGAGACCACUCGCUCUCUGACGCGAAUGCGCCGGUGGCGAUUGCGCUCGUUCAUGAUUGCCUGGCCGAGAUGGGCAUCCAGGUCCCGACCAUCUACUUUCAAGGAAAGAUCAACAACUUCGACGUCCUUAUCGAGUCCCGCAUUUCCGGCGUCGGGCUCAAUGCCGCCUGGCCUUCCCUCUCCCCGGAGGAGGAGAAGGCGUCUUUCAAGACCCAGGCACGCGAGGUCGGGGAGGACUCAAACGACAACCCCAUCCGGCACGAGAACCCCAUAGCACAUGAUAUGUCGGGCUUGCUCCGACAACUGGCCGCCGCGGAAGCCCAGACUAUCACGUACCGCGAACCGGCACUGGACCUCCACAGAGGUGACCAACAGCAACCCGUUGCCGCGUAA